UCAAAUUUGACGGGACGUCAGGUCAGUCAUUACAGUAAACAAACUUUUUUCAACUUUUUGUUUCAACUUUUUAAGUUUUUAUGAAAUUAAAAUGGUUUUUAUAUUAUAUAAGUCUUCUGUGAUCAUUUUAUUAUUUAUUUGCCAACAUCUAAGUUUACAAAAUGAAAUCAACAUUUACGGUCCAGGGUUGCAGCCUAAGAAAAUUGUCAUGCCGGCAAGAUACUUUUUUGUGAAUUUUACUUCAUAUAAUGGGAAGUAUUCUUCUACACUUUCUAAUGACUUUGCUGUAGAAAUUGAAGGAACAUCAAUUAAAAAGAGUCAUUGUAGGAUUUGGGUGAACAAAUUGGACAGAAAGGAUGGUACAUUUAUUGUAAGAUAUAAGGUUUACGAUACUUGCCUCGAUUUAAAUAUUAGUCUCUAUUACAAAAGUAAACAUAUAAGUGGAUCCCCUUUUAACUUUAAGGGUCCUGUACAACCUGAUCAAUGUGAUUGUCCCCACCAGCAUUUCGAGACUUGGUUAAAAGAAUAUGGCUGUCCAUCAACUUACGAACAAAUUGAACAUGAUCUUAAUAGAUAUCAAGAUCUGGACAUGAAAGAUCAGGUCAAGAAAAUUAUAAAAAAAUAUCAUAAACCAGAAAGCACAAGUUUUUGCCACUAUGCAGUAAACAAAAAUCAAAUAUAUAGAAAGUGCUAUGGAAAACAUGUAGGAUUUAAUAUGUUUUCUGACAAUAUUCUUCUGUUUCUCUCACGCAAAGUAAUAUUACCUAACAUGGAGUUGGUGGUUAACCUAGGUGACUGGCCUUUGGUCCAUAAAACUACUCAACCUUUCCCUAUUUUUUCAUGGUGUGGUAGUGACGACACUGUUGAUAUAUUAAUGCCAACUUAUGAUAUAACGGAAUCUACUAUAGAAAAUAUGGGCCGAGUUACAUUAGAUAUACUAUCAGUGCAGGGUAGUAUUGUACACAAUUGGUCAGAAAGAGAAGAAAAAGCUGUGUGGCGCGGAAGGGAUUCUAGAUUGGAACGUUUAAAACUAAUAGACAUAGCCCGUGCUAAUCCUAGCCUAUUUAAUGCUUCCCUCACCAAUUUCUUUUUCUUUAAAGACAAAGAAGCCGAAUAUGGACCCAAGCAACCUCACAUAUCUUUCUUUAAAUUUUUUGAUUACAAAUACCAGAUAAAUGUGGAUGGGACAGUGGCAGCUUAUAGACUUCCAUAUCUGCUUGCUGGUGGAGGAAUGGUUUUGAAGCAAGACUCUCCUUAUUAUGAACAUUUCUAUAACCAACUCCGUGCUUGGGAGCAUUACGUGCCAGUAUUUAGAGACCUGUCGGAUUUAAAAGAGCGCGUAUUAUGGGCGCGUAAGCACGAUGACGCAGCUCGUACUAUAGCUCAAAAUGCACAGAAAUUCGCAAAUGAAAAUUUGUUGCCGCAGCACAUUAUUUGCUAUCAUGCAGUUUUAUUCUCUAAAUGGAGUAAGAAAAUCAAAAGUGAAGUUACGAUUAAUGAUGAUAUGACGCACGUUCCCCAACAGAAAUUUUCCUGUCAUUGUGAUACUAAAGAAAUUCCAGACCACAUAGAAUUAUAAGCAUAUCACUUUAUUCCGAGCCGAGCCUGUGGUACCGGUAUAUGACCAGUAGGAAAUGAAAAUUUCUGUUUGUUACAGUGCGUUUUUAGUUUAUUUUACUAGUCAUUCCAGAAUAUACUGUGUAAUCUCAUCAUCAUUAACAGCCUAUCUUAGUCCACUGCUGGACAUAGGCCUCUCCAAUUGCACGCCACUGUGAUCCAUCUUGGGCUACUCGCAUCCAGCUCCAGCAAUCUCAUACUUUUUUUAAUCGUGGUAAUAAUGUAUAUUUUUUUAAAGGCUUUUUAUACCAAAAAACCUCGACUAAAAUGAUAAGAAUAACAUUGUUCAUACGAAUAAGAAUAUAAAUUUAAUAAUAAAAAACUGAAAACACCCAA